AUGGCUUCUCUUCAGCUCGAUUCUACCCUAGCAGUCCUCUGCCUCGCCUUCGUAGCCUCUUGCAUCUUCCUCGUUGCUAGAAGCCGCAAGGAUGGCGCACGCGGGUCACCGCCACCUUCGCCUCCGGCGCUGCCCGUCAUCGGCAACCUGCACCAGCUCGGCCGGGGCCGCCACCACCGGAGGCUGCAAGCCCUCGCGCGGAGCUACGGCCCGCUCUUCCUCCUCCGCCUCGGCUCCGUGCCCGCCGUCGUGGUCUCCUCCCCGUCCCUGGCCGAGGCCGUGCUCAAAACCCAGGACCACGCCUUCUGCAGCCGGCCGCAGCCGCGCACGGCCCGCGGCACGCUCUACGGCUGCCGUGACAUGGCCUUCAGCCCCUACGGCGAGCGGUGGCGCCAGCUCCGCCGCAUCGCCGUGCUGCACCUCCUCAGCGCGAAGCAGGUCGACUCCUUCCGCUCCCUCCGGCAGCAGGAGGUCAUGGGAUUCGUGGAACGGAUCCGCGCCGGCGCACGGGAGGGAGCAGUCAACGUGACCGAGCUCGUCAUCAGCCUCACCAACACCGUCAUCUCCAAGGCGGCGUUCGGGAACAGGCUCGGCGGCGUCGACCCAGGGGUGGUCCGCCACAUGAUGAAGGAGCUCACCGAGCUGCUCGGGACCAUCGCCGUUAGCGACGUGUUCCCGCGGCUCCGGUGGGUGGACUGGGCGACGGGGCUCGACGCGAGGAUCAGUCGGACGGCGGCUGAGCUCGACAGGGUCAUCGAGAAGACGCUCGCGGAGCACGAGGGGAGCCGAGGAAACGACGGUGAGGAGGUGCAUGACCUCCUGGACGGCUUGCUCUCGAUCUUCAAGGAUGGCGAUCAGGGGUUUAGGCUGGACCGGACUGAUGUCAAGGCGCUCAUCUUGGACAUGUUCAUAGGAGGCACGGACACGAUCUAUAAGGCGAUAGAAUGGACGAUGGCCGAGCUUGUUAAGAACCCAAGAGAAAUGGAAAAGGUGCAAGCAGAGGUGAGACAAGUUGCUGCCGGUACGCAGGGAGGAGUCCUUGAGGAGGAGCUGGAGACAAUGAGCCUCCUCCACGCUGCCAUGAAAGAGGCACUACGGCUACAUCCGCCCAUACCCCUCUUCCCGCACGAGUCGAUUCAGAACACCCGGCUGCACGGCUACGAUAUCCCAGCCAAGACCCGGAUCAUGAUCAACGCAUGGGCGAUCGGAAGGGACAGCGAGUCAUGGGAGGACGCCGAUGAGUUCCGGUCAGAGAGGUUCAUGGACAGGGCCAUGGACUACAGUGGCAAGGACCCCCGGUUCAUACCGUUCGGCGCGGGGAGGAGGGGAUGCCCCGGUAUCGCCUUUGGGAUGCGGCUGGCGGAGCUCACACUAGCUAACAUGAUGUACCAUUUCGAUUGGAUGUUGCCUGAGGGCCAGGACCCGGAGUCAUUUGAGGUCGUUGAGUCCAACGGCUUCGCACCUGCUCUUCAGUACCCUUUGAUCCUUGUCGCAAAACCUUUGUAAGCAUGCAUCGUGUCGACGAUGAAUGUA